GCGCGCGCCGCAUAUGCGCAUCAUCGUUACCAUCGUCAUCAUCGUCGCCGCCGCCGUCGCAGAAAUCGUACGAAUUCCAAUUGUGAUUGAGUCGCGUGCUGUCGCCCGGUUACAUUACACCUGAUACGAUCAUUGGUUGAGCGAAGUAAACAUUGAAUACGAAACAAAAUGCCUCCUUCAAAGCGCAAAACUGCGACAGAAUCUUCAUCCAAAGUCGGCGGGCCGCGCCAAUCGAAAUUAGCCAAAGAGAACAACAUCACCGCCCAAGAAGAAGCCGAGAUCAAAGAGGCAUUCAGUCUCUUCGCCGAGCCAAUGGAUGGCGAGAAGGAAGGAGUGAUUCCAAUACGAGAUGUCAGACGGGCAAUGAUCGCCCUAGGCAUCCCCCCCAAAUCUAAUUCCGAACUUCGCGAGUUCACUUCCAUCCUCGACCCAGAAGACGAAGGGUUUGCCACGUAUCCUUCCUUCCUCGCCAUCUGCGCCAUCAAGCUUUCGUCACGGGACCGCACAAGCGAAGCGCAUAUGCGCGAGGUGGACGAAGCUUUUGCUUUGUUUGUCGGUCGCUCGGCACAAGAGAUUGCACGGCUACAUAACGAUCGCAACAACGACGACGAUGAUGAUGAUUACGGACAAUAUGAGGAGGAGGAAGAGGUAGACGGAAAAGAAAAAGAAGAGCCGGUGAUAACCCUAGCCCACCUUAAAAGGGUCGCGGCCGUGUUGAAGGAGAAUGUCAGUGAGGAGUUGUUGAGGGAUAUGAUACUGGAAGCGAACGGUGGCGCGGGAGUGGGGAAGGGGGUGAGGAGGGAGGAGUUUGAUAGGGUCAUGAGGAGGGCGGGGGUGUGGAGGUGAGAAGGGUUGGGAAGGGAGAUGGAUGAAGGACUUUUCUGGACUGCUUGGGAACGGGUACGGGAAACGGCCCGGCUGGGUUGGAUUAGACUGGGCUGGGCUAGGCUCGAUGAUUCUUUUCCCGUAUCCUGCGGUUUCCGAGAACGAGAAGACAGCGGCGACUGGAAACUAGGGACUGGAGCCAACCAGCAACUGCUGCAGCAUGACCCCAGUCUGCAUGCAAAUCGCUCUCGCGCCACAGGGCUAGAGACUUGGGCUGGACGCCUGGCUGGAUUGGAAGGCCACAUUCCAUAUCUUGAACUGUUCAGACGACCGUAGGACAAGAGACUAGAUGGGGAUCCCGUGGUACGUUCAGCAUGCCUGCAGUCUCGUCACGGGAUCAUACGGCCCAGAGUGUUGAAGAGCAGGCUCACAAACCGAGCAAAGGGCAAAACACUCGAGCCGAGUGAGGGAAGCCGGUGACUUCGGGUCGACGGGAUAUUUUGGACCAAGGCCUGUCUUCUCUAAGGAAGACGAAGGUUGAUGUUUGAGGGAAGAGGAUUGCUGGGAGUCAGUGGGAAGCAAGAGCACAAGACCGCGUCAAGGGGGUAAAGCACGAGAAGCUCUUGGCAAGUGAGACACGCACGAAAUUAUGAAACAGAGGGCCAACCUCUCUCGCAAUUGUGAAUACUGGACAAUAAGUAUAAUGCAAGCUAUGACAACAUUGCCAUACGUUCUCAUCUUUCAUGAUACGUUUCUAACUCAAAUAAAUGGUACAUAUGAUACAGCUUCCCUCGGUGUGCCAGCAAACUGGAGAAGGAUAUAAACAAAUGAAACAAAAGAAGAGAACAGAAAGCGAAGAGACAGUGAAGUCUAGGUAUAUAGCCCAAAUGACAAACCCUACAACGCCAUGCGAAAACAAAUAAAAUAAAACCUUUAGGUCUUUGUGCCUAACCAUUAGGCAUAUUGAUUGGCCACAAGUCGUCUCAGUUACGUCGAGUUUCAAUCGUCACAGAUCUCAGUCUCUCUUAGCUUGUAUUGUGAUGUCGUGUCGGUUCGUCACGGGGUAUACCUCGCACUCGACAACAAUUCCCCGCCAUCAGCUACCGGGCUUCGAGGACUAGGUAGUUUUGCCUUGGUAGGUGUUGUAGGCGAAUACGUCUUGGCACUAAGCGUCACCACCUCUUCAGCUGAGCCUGUUGGCGAGUAAACCUUUGGACUAAGAGUCUCCAGCUUCCUCUCAGCCGGUUCCGUUGGCGUAUAGACCUUCGCACUGAGCAACACGGGCUCCUCCGCCGGACUUUUCGGAUCAUAGACAGUCGGGCUGAGCGUCUCGAGCUGUUCGUGGCCCUCCUCGGGCUUUGUGUUCAUCGAACCCCUCGACGGGAAUUCUCUGUCGAUAGGCGUAUCAAAGUCCGUUAUCAGUCGAGGAGGCUGUCUCCUUUCUGGUUUCGUCGUGUCCUUCUGAUUGUGCUUUGGGCAACUGAUGGUGUGAACGUCGGUACCUGGGCUCAAGAGUGGAGACACGUCCUCAACUGAUGAGAGACGCAGACCGAUUUGGACUGUUGCUGAUGAACAC